GGGAUGAUGAAGAAGAGGAGCGGCCACAGCCACAGCCAGGCUCCAGCACUGAACAUGAAGACAGGCCUUCACCCAGGGAGCUAGAGGAGCUGGAACUGCUGAACAGGGCCUUAGAGAAGGCACUGAAAGUCAGGAAAAGCAUCUUGAAAACUCCAUUAGAAGCUCAGGGAGCUACAGAACAGAAAUGGCCAGGUGAGGCACAUGCUCCUAAGAAGGCUGAAAAGCAGCAGGUCCCUGUACCUGUUAAGGAUGUUCCUGAGUGCAGGAAGGUGAGCGCUGGAAGCAACAAGCCGUUGUUGUUGAAGAAGGCCUUUCCAUACCAGUUAAGAGCCCCUUACAGGACUGACCCAGAUGUGAAGAAACUGCAAAGGAAAGUCCCAGCCAGAUGUGUUUCUCCAUGCCUCAGGACAGCUGGGAAGAUUUCCUCAAAAGGAAUGACUUCCAAACAAGGAAGGAGUCGCAGAACAGCGACUAGUGCCUGUGCUGCAGCUGAACCCCAGGAGACACCUGGCUUGUCUGAAUCUGCCCCAAAUGAGCAGCAGAGCUUUUCUGGAGGGGAUUCAGCUGCAGGAGAGAAUUCCAUAGCUGCUGGCAAGCAGUUACUUGAUGCAGGGAAGAAAAGUUGUAGUUUCCUGGGAGAGUCCAGCGCAAAGGAGGACACUGCAGGUGCAUGGGGAAGGAGCACCUCACCAGGGACAGGCACCCUGCGGGAAAAGGGAUGCCAGCUGAAGCUCCCCCUUCUCUACAGGAAAGCCUAUUCCAGGAACUCCAGGGCAUGGCAGAGAUGUCGUCUGUGCCAAACAAGUGCAGAUGCAGCAGCUGCGAGGACCCGUUUUAUGGAGAGGAUCCAGACAACUUUUUGCUCCCCGAAGCUGACCCCCAGUCCUGCAGAGAUAGAGGAGGAAUUAAGGGGCCUCCAGGAUGUCCCCUCCCAUCUGAGGCAGUAUGUGGAAGCUGAGUCUGCAGACCAUCCCACUCUGCAAGGAGAGUAUGAGAGCCUUCUGACCUUGGAGGGUUUGCAAACCACAGUGUCCCAGUGCCUGCAGAAGCUGCAGCUGCUGCGAGCAGCUUUGAAGUCCCAGCUGAGGCUGUGCCCAGACUGCACUGGGGAUGUGGGGAGUUGCUCUCCUUCCUGUGUCCCUGCCAUGGGACAGACAUGUGACAGUGCAGACAUGCUGGCUAUGCCUCUCCUUUGUUACUCCAGUCUCCAGGAGCUAAGGGACCUGUUUGCCCUGAAGGUGCAAGUGUCAAUGCUGCACCAAGAGAUUGCCUUACAAAAGGUGAUGAUGGCAGAGCUGCUGCCUGUCCUGGAGCCCAGGCGAUUCCUGGAGGGAUCUGCAGGGCUGUUUCGGGCCAUCCACACCCAGCUCUGUGGGGGGGGGCGGCGCUUCCCUGUGCUGGUGAGAGAUGAGCUGCUGGACUGAGCUGGGGAGCCUCUGCUGGUCCUGCAGGAGUCAAAGACAGCUCUAAGCAAUAAAUCUUUUCUAUGAACUUCUUUA